GAACCCAUGAGCAUGAGCAAGGAGGCUACACCAGUGGAUAUGCCGGCUCCGUGGGAGCGAGGACUGCAAUUCUUGAGAUGUGGAAGUUAAUCAUUUUGACUUCGGGUCGGGGCACAAAGGUAGGUAGGGACUUGGCCCGUAUGCAGCGGGAAGCGGCCCCAACCGAAGUCAUCGACCAGUGUCUCAGGGAUGUCUUCUCUUCAAAGGCGACGGCGACUCUUAAGGCAAGGGCAGCUAGCUUGGCGCACUAUGCGAGGUGGCGGGCUUCAGUGGGGUUGUGCCCGGCCCUCUUUCCGAUGGAUGAAUCAGAGGUGUACAUGUACGUCUGUUUUCUUCGGAGCGAGGGAGCCCCGAAAUCCCGUGCCCCGCGUUUUCGUGAGGCAGUGAACUUCGCGGGUGCCUUGCUAGGAGUGGAUAUCCGUGAAACGGCAACCUCGUCGCGCAUUCAGGGUGCGGCCAAUCCUCAGCUGCAGGCUGUUGUCGUUCGUAAGAAGAUUCCUUUGACCGUCGCCCAAGUACGUGGUCUUGAGGAGUUCGUCUUGAAAACUGAUAACGACUUGGCUGCAGUGUUGGCAGGCUACGCCCUUUAUUGCCUUCAUGGUAGGAUUCGCUGGUCGGACGCACAGCACACAGAGUCGGAGCCGACUUUGGAUCUUCACGAGGGCAGAGGAUAUCUUAAUGCCCAACUUUACCAUCACAAAACAGCCAACAGGGGCUCCCUUGCUAGACACAGGCUCCUCCCUGUGGCGUGCGUCACUCCAGGGUUGUCUGAUGAGAAUUGGGCUGAGGUGUGGUUGUGGCGACGACGUAAGCUUGGACUGGUGGCAUCGAAGGGCAUGCCCAUGAUGCCUCGACCCUUGUGUCGGGGGGGCUUCGACACGCUGCCGCUGGAUCCUUCGCUAGGUGCUAUGUGGCUCAGGGAAAUUCUGAAGGAGGCCGGCCCGUGGGAGCAGGACUUCAAGUGGGAGGAGCUGCAUUACUCGCGGGACGCUCUUGCGCCGGCUCUGCAUUUCAUCGAAUCGAUGUUUGUGUGCAUCAAGGCCGGGCUUUUUGCUCCCGACGCCACGCGUGCUGGCAGGUGGUCUCAGGGUGUGCGUUCAACUGAGGAAGCCGAGCGUCUUGUGGGUCGCAAACCUGCGACAGUAGACAGUGCGGCUCCACCUUUGAUUGUUCCCGAUCCGCUGCCGGCGGACCCUCCUUCUGAUCCCGAGUCGGCAGCAGAGAGCAUCGGCACCGAAGGCGAGGCAGAGGAGGCUUCCAUAUCGGUCUUUGCUUUGGGUGAAGAUCUUAGUGUGGCCGAGGAUGCUCGGACCGCGCUUCA